AUGUCGUCCACUCCAUUCAAGGGCUCGCUCAAGGCCAAGAGGAAGGGCGAGCUCACCGAGAUCGCCACCGCCCUCGGCAUCGGCCUCGAUCAGUCUCAAAAGAAGGAGGAGCUCGAGGAUCUCAUUCGUGAACACCUCAUCAGCCACAAGAACCUGUACUCUUCCAACGACAACUUCAAGGGACUCAUCGACAGCCUCGACUCGGGCCGCAAGCGAUCCGCCCGCUCCAGCAGCGUCAACGGCAACGCCGACUCGGACGCCUCGGACUCGCCCGAAUCGUCGGUCCGCUCGCCCCGCAAGCACUCGCAGCGUCCGUCCAACCUCGGAACUCCCUCCACGCCGUUCAACGCCAUCCCUACAAGCGCUACCGACCUCGCCGCCAGCGCAAAGCAACGCGGUCUCAAGGCGCGCAAGUCGCUCGACAAGCUCGUCGACACCAUCUCCACCAACGCUCGCUCCACCGCCAACGAGCUCACCACCGAGGUCCAAGAUGCUCAGAACGAAGUCACCGCCAGCCUCCACGCUGUCCAGGGCGAAGCUACCAAGCGCUACCGCAAAGCAAAGCAGGACGGCCACAAGAUCUUUGUGCGCGCCCGCUCCUGGCUCAGCGACACCAAGAACCUUGUUCGCCUCCUCGUCGUCUUUGAGGGUCUGCUCCUCGUGCUCGCCACGCUUCCCACCACCUAUGUCGAAGUCGGCAGCCGCGGUCCCAAGAUCCCCGUGGUCAACCCCAAGUCGGGCAUCAACGGCUACCUCCCUCACUGGGCCAUCACCUUGCCCAACCCGCGUGGCCUGAUCAGCCUGGACUUUUACCGCCCGCUCGUGCUGUGGGCCGUCUACAGCGUGCUUGUGCCUCUCGCCGUCGCUCACCUCGUCACGUUCGACCGCCGCGCCCAGCCCUCGGCCUACUCGUUCCUGCUGGCUCGUCUCUCGGCGCUCUUCUUCCUCGCCCGCGUGCUUCCCAACAGCACCCUCACUGCCCUCGGCCUGCCUGCGCCUGCCGUGCUCGGCGUCGCUGCUGGCGAAGUCCCCGAGUCGGCUCUUAUCCGAGGCCUGCGCUCGCUCUUCUCCUACGACUACGUCCUCGCUCACCUCGGCGUCGAUCUGCAGAUCUGGGCUACCGCUACUGUCUUUGGCUUUGCUCAGUACGAGACCAUCGCCGUUCGACCUCGUGCCGCUUAA